AUGGAUGUGAAAGAACGUAGGCCUUACUGCUCCCUGACCAAGAACAGACGGGAGAAAGAACGGCGCUACACUAAUUCCUCAGCAGACAAUGAGGAGUGCCGGGUUCCCACCCAGAAGUCUUACAGUUCCAGUGAAACCCUGAAAGCCUUUGAUCACGAUUCCUCACGGCUGCUUUAUGGAAACAGAGUGAAGGAUUUGGUUCACAGAGAAGCAGAUGAGUUCACCAGACAAGGACAGAAUUUCACCCUAAGGCAGUUAGGCGUUUGUGACCCGGAACCUCGAAGAGGACUGGCGUUUUGUGCGGAAAUGGGGCUCCCUCACAGAGGUUACUCUAUCAGUGCAGGGUCAGACGCUGACACUGAGAACGAAGCAGUGAUGUCCCCAGAGCAUGCCAUGAGACUGUGGGGCAGGGGGGUCAAGUCAGGCCGCAGUUCCUGCCUGUCAAGCCGGUCCAACUCAGCCCUCACCCUGACAGAUACAGAGCACGAAAACAAGUCAGACAGUGAAAAUGGUAAGUUCUUUUUUUUUGGCUUCGUAAUGUUGGCGUUCAGUGCUUCUGUCUGUUUCCGUUGA